AUGCUGGCCGGUAGUAUUCCUUGGGACUUAGAAGCCAGGACCCUCGCGUCUCUGUUCAAAUGGCGUGAGGAGGCACUAGCCCGGGGCCACCGGCCAGCACCUAGGGAGAUUGCGGGACGCCGCAACGAGCUGUGUCAGCGCAGCAUUCAGGAGUGGAGCCACAGGCUGGAGCGGCCCUCUGCUGGGCGUAGAACCGUCGAGGCUAUCCGUCCAGUUUUGACCCAGUGGUUGGCGAAGCAGCACGGUUCGCUUUCAUACCGCUUGACGCAGAUGCUUUCAGGGCAUGGUUGCUUCGGGGGGUAUCUGUGUCGAAUAGCGGGGCGUGAGCCGUCUGCCGUUUGCCACCAUUGCGACGGAUGUGCUGACGAGGACGCCCAGCACACUUUGGAGGACUGCCCAGCCUGGGACGAAGACCGCGCGCGGCUGCGCGCGGUUGUGGGGGACGACCUCUCCCUGCCGGCUGUCGUAAGACAGAUGGCCGAUAGCGAGACGUCGUGGACAGCGGUGCAGGCCUUUGCGGAGAGCGUAAUGCUCCGCAAAGAGGCGGCGGAAAGGGAGAGAGAGGAUACAACCGACCUCCCCAUUCGCCGCCGGCGCACAGGGCGCAGGAGGCGGGCAUACGCCCUGCACCUGCUGCCCCCACAAUAG